AUGUCCCAAGGGAUGACGUUCUUUUUACCGUGGGAAAAGGUGCGAAGCGGAAGGCUUCCCAUCCAAUUCACCCCACCUUUGUGCACACACACUGUGAUUUGCAAUCCGUUGCAGCUAAAGUUGACAUGUUCUGCUGUUGGAGGGGCGCAACCUUGGACCAUGCGGAGUUCAUGGCAGCCGGAUUUGGAGUACAUGGCAGCGUUGCCGACUCUGGACAGCCUGGCGCCCGCAGCUGGCAACAGUUGGUACUCCCAAGGGCCGCAGGGCCCAACAGCCUGGAGAGGACCCAUGCCAACCAUUCCUCAAAUGGGAGCCCCGCAGGCGUAUGGGACUCGCCCACUCUACUGUCCAAUGCCGACCGACCUUUCGGCUGUGCAGGCGUCCGGCCAAUGGCGUGCCAAUGGACUGCAAACUAAUCCACACCUCUUCCAGCAGCAGGCAAUUCACGACGUGUCACAGCUGGCCACAAUGCAGGCCUUGGAGUCAAAGACGAAUAUGGGCUCGAAUAACCAACCCCAAGGCACACCGCCCGACCAGGCUUUCGAUGAUAACAAGGCAAAGAUCGACUCGCAGGGUCAAAAGAAAAAGAAGAAGAAGGGAUGCUGCUGCUGA